ACUGUAUUGCCUCACCCUUCAGAGUUUCGUUCAGUUUUUUUUGAGAGAAAUAACCAUGAUCAAACUCCUUUUCUUGGUGUUGGUUGCCGCGACGUAUUUGGCCAAGGGGGGCGAUCUCAAGAAUCAGAAUGCAUCACAAUCAAGUCAGCCACAGGUUAUUCAAAUGCUAAUGACAUUUUUCUGUGAGCUGGCCAGAAAAUUAAUUUUAGAAUCCUUCGAUCAGAAAACGUAGCGGUCUUUUUAGUUUCUCAACAGAGAGUGUCUAAAGCAUUCAUUACUGAUUUAUUGGACAUUAUUAUAUUUUAAUAUUAAUUGAUUAUAGAGUUGAGCUCGCGCGGAUUAACUGUAUUAAUUUCGUUAAAAAUGUUUCAGUGCAGUGUCAUCUUUCACUCGCGUAAAAAACAAACCAUUUCUCAUCGUCAUGCAACGUCUUUACUCUGGGAUUAUUUUCAAUUCUUUAUGCAUUCUUGCCAUCCGGACAAGAAUGUAAAAUCUGCUCCCGUUUCUCUUUGAAAUUAGCAUCAUGACACGUGUCAGUGUAUAAUAAAGGUUAGAUCUUCCUCUCAAUACUCGAAAACUUCUAUAUAUACAUGUAUGUCUUUACUUGUUUUAGAACUCGAUUACCAUUAAUUGACUUAUUACAGUGGCUAACGUUUGUUGGUUUUCCUUUGUUACUUAGAUACUGUUCUAUCGGUAUUUCACUCCCAUUAAACUUGCAAGUGUUGCUACCUUCAUCCAUUACCACCAUUCCCUCACGCCCCGAAAUCUCACCUUCCUCAGCGCUCCUAAAAACUACUAUCGGCUGAUGAUUGUUCCCCUGAUCCAGCCAGCAGUUACCUCUGCAAAUGCCAACCUUGUUAUCAAGAUGAACGUUGGCUUGGAAACAACAACAUUUGGUGCAGGAGGGAGAGAUCUUUCAUUUGUUAUUUCUGAUGGCAGUCGCUUUAUUGGCAUGCUUACUACUGAUAAGAAUAUCUACAAUGGUAUCACUCCUUGUCUUGGCAUCGAGGGAACUGGUGGACCAACUAUGAGUCACCGCCGUUCAGAUUCUCCUCGCCCAAAACCAACUGAAUCUUACUAA